UUCUCCUUCACUCCUUCACUCCUUCUCUCCUUCACCCUCUCACUUUCUCUCUCUCUCUCUCGCUCUCUCUCUCUCUCUCUCUCUCUCUCUCUCUUUCCCUCUUUCUCUCUCUCCCUAUCCUUAAUUUAAACCUCGUCCAAUUCAUUGUCUUUGCUUCAUUUCAUCAUUUACUAAUCUGCCUCUUCUCAUUCAUACUGUACAAAAGAAAUUAAUUAAUUUCUAUUCUCUAUCCAUAUUUAUCCGUCAACAAAUACGCCAUCUACCAUGGGCCAAAAACCUUCCUCGGAGCACCAGCGCAUGCAUCGCGACUUUGGCUCCCGUCCAGAGGAUUGGUACCUACCCAGCAGCCCACAACACUCUUCUCAUUCACAUCAUCACUCUAACCAACGAUCAUCCCCCAGCAGCUCAACCACUGGACAUUACACCGGAUAUCCUCGUGGAAGAGCCUCGUCCCUAACAGUCAACAAGAACCACUCUACGACCUCCUUCGCCAGCAGUGCACCUGCUCCACCUGCCCCCAAGAGUCCCGCCUAUUUACACACUAAUCAAUCUAGCUCCAGUCUCUCUCAAUGGUCUCCUAGUCGCAAGAACUAUGCCAAAAAGAUUGUCAGCAUUGGCAAGCCCACAGAUGUGGAACAUGGUAUCCAUGUCGAAUACAAUCCUGAGCGACGCAAGUUUAUGGGCAUUCCCGAUGUAUGGCAGAACGAGGUUCCAACUGAUGAUCCCCUUGACACCACCUGUAUCAGUCCACAUCUAGUCCCCACUACCCGCCAGCCAAACCCGACCGAAGAGAGCAGGAUUGGAUGGCCAUACAACGUCCAACAUAAAGCUCACGUUGACAUUGACAUCUCGGAGAAUGGCAAAGUAGGACUGAAGGGGCUUCCGAACGAGUGGAAAACAGUCUUGGAAUCACAAGGGAUUAGCGAACAGGAUAUCAAACAACAUCCGCAGGCACUUCGUAAACUCAUGCAGUUGCAGCUCAACGAUCUGGAACUCCCACCUCCUUCUCGGCCACCGCCUCCUCCUCCAAAGCCGUUUCAGAACAAUUUAUCUGUACCUUCACGAUCUCCUCACGCUCUUUCAACCGCUGUCAACUCAAAUUCAACAACACCAACAUCAAAACCUCUAAAGCAAAAACCUGAUCUGACCAUUAAUCCCAACCCAAGACGAACCUCUAGCCUCAAUCCACCCAUUCGUGGCCUACCCUCCCAACCAGAAUCCCCUCAAUCCUCUAAGCAGCAAUCCCAGGCGAGUCGACCUCUUCCGGCCUCGCGAACAAAUAGUGAUGGCUGGGACUCAAAAACUGUCGUGGGAUCUGCAUCCAAACCAUUCACCAAUUACCCAAUGGGGCCUGUCAGGGAACAUGGCGAACAUUAUCAGGAAUAUGCCGCUCGCACCCGCAAUUACUCCGCAGGGACGACUGCAGCAGAUAUACGUCAGAGCUGGCGGCCAAUGUCCCGUGCAAGCGAGGAAUCAGCUGCAUCAUCUACCUCACGAACCGCCGACUCAGCAUCCACGACACCGAAAUAUCAGAAUUCAUCCGCAGUACAACAACUAUCAAACACCACCGAUCCACUAGAUACAAGACGAAACCCAGCAUCCACCGUAAGGACACAUCAAAUGAAUGGUAGCGCUCAUAAUGCCACUACAGCAAAAACUGGUGAAAAUAUACCCACAGAAGCAUCGGGGGCGAGUCCAGGACCUUUAUCGCCCGCUACGAAUAUAUCUGGAUCUGGAUCGACCCCAGCCUCACCUCUACCAGCUUCAGGACUACCAGCACGACCUGCUCCACGCUUACCAACUGACUCUAAUCCAUUACCAAUCUCAUCCUAUUUUAAGGAACGUUCACAAACCAAUAAAAGCAACAGUGCCGCCUCUACAGCAACCAGUAACAGCAAUAGCAGCAAUGUACAAGACCCCAAAGCACGACAACAACCACAGCACGCUCCCUCAUCUGCAUCUGCCUCAUCAUCUCCCACUUCGGGCGCUAGUACAUCCAAUACCACUCCAACCUCCCAACCUAUUUCAUUGAAUAAUGCGCAACAUCUACGAAGAAAAUCUGUCAAAAGUAUGUACGUCAAUAUCCCUACACCGAGCGAUUCAGCCUUGGAAAAUGGCGAACGCAGAACAGAUGGAUCAAUACUGGAUCCGAACAAGGAACCAUUUUCACCUGAAGAAGCAGAGCAGCAUCAAAAUUUGAUGCCAACGCUUUCGGACGAUCUAUUGCGCAAGUAUGCUAUGGAAUCUGCUGGAGCAUCACCCCUAGGCCCCGGAGUGCAGGCAGGAAGCAAAUCAGGCACAAAUUAUUCAGGAGGCAGUAGUGCUAGUGGAAGCAAUACUAGCAACGCCGCCUCGCCCUCAUUGGACCGCUCAAAAGGCUCCGAGGCUAAUCUUUGUAAAAAAUCAACUACUGCUGCUACCCCAAAGUAUGAUAUUGCAAAAGAAGAUAAGGAUGAUCUGGCAUUCCUCACAGAGUAUGGUCUUCAGCAUCUGUUGAGCCGUCCACGACCCAAGGAUGCGUCAGCUUUGUACUCUGAUAUUGUUAAAAUUGCGGAAGGAGAAUCAGGGUUUUUGUUUUCAGCAACUGAGAAUGCAACUGGCAAUUUAGUUGCCAUCAAGAUGAUUGCCAAGACCGUAGCUGCCAAAAUGAAGACCAUCCGCAACGAACUCGAGUUGAUGAAGGCCAGUCAAAGCCCUAAUGUUGUGGCAUUUAAGGAUUGUCAUUUGACUCCAACAGAACUCUGGAUGGUUAUGGAGCGUAUGGAUAUUUCACUCGCUGAUGUGAUUGCAAUCAAUCCAUAUCAAGGACAACGAAACCCAGAUCAAGGACUUUUGCAGGAAUGCCAUAUGGCACGCGUAGCCAAAGAUAUACUCGAAGCAGUUGCGUAUCUGCAUCAGCAUGGGCGUAUUCAUCGUGAUAUUCGAAGUGACAACAUUCUACUGGAUAAUCAGGGCAGAGUAAAGCUUGCAGAUUUUGGACACUCUGUACAACUGACGAAGGAACAACCGAGACGGAAUUCAGUUGUGGGUACACCUUACUGGAUGGCCCCAGAGGUCAUUCAAGGCUGGAAUUAUGGCACACCGGUUGAUGUCUGGAGUUUGGGCGUUGUUAUGCGUGAAAUGUUGGAAGGAGAGCCACCUUACCUUAACGAGCCUCCAUUACGGGCGAUGUUCUUAAUUGCAAGUGGUGACCUCCCCAGAGUUAAAGAUGGUGGUCUCGCAUCAAUGCGAUGCAUCACAUUUGUGGAGGAAUGCACAACAGGAGAGAGUGAGAAGCGACCUACUGCUAAGGAACUGCUCGCGCAUCCAUUCCUGGAUUUGGCUUGUGAUACAUCCGUGAUGGCUACGUUGCUCAAGCGGACAUAUGAACUAGAGGCAGCUGGUGAGGGUGAGGAAGGAGGUGACGGAGAGGAAGAGGAAGAAGAGGAGGAGGAGGAGACACAACAACAACAGCAGCAGCCUAUAAAGAAUGGCGCUAUGCCGGGAGGAUCUGUGGCGACUAUGGAUUCAAAGACAAGCGGAGUAGGAGGAUCUGAUGGUGGGGUCAUAGCAGGCGAUAAGCAAGAACUAGAAGAUGAGGAGGAAGGAACAGUGAUAUCUGUGGCGACUAAAAUGUCAGCAAGAACCACUUUUGGUCGAGCCAUUUCACCACCAGCGACAGCACACUAGAUCCCUACCCUUGGAGCAGAUAUUUUGCCUUUUUUCAUUCUCCCAUUAUCACUAUCGUCUUCUUACACAUACACCUCUUCAACCCUUGUUUACCGUUGUUCCGCUAGUCCACAUUUUAUUUUAUUACUGUCUUCCUCCAUUGUAUUUGUUCCUGUUAUUAACUCUUAUUACAACAUAGAUACAUUGUCAUAAUAUUAUAUACUUGAAAACAAUGUUGUGUCGAUAUUAUAGCACC